AGAAUACAGUAUUGUAAUUCUUUUGUGUUUAACACUUAAGGACUCUCUAUUGCCACUGCAAAAGGGUGUGACUAGUUUAUCCAGAUUGGCACAUUUUUUGUGCAAAUCAGCAAGAUCUGAAAUCUAUGCAUUCUUCUUAUGAGUAUGCGUCACCGGCUAGUAAACUGCUUUCCAGUUAUAAAAGAAAGCAAAUGAAGCUGUUGAUAAAGCAAAGGCAGUAGAUACAGGACAGACACCUUUUGAUGCAGGAGUUUUGGAGUAAACAUUGCAAGACAGUUAAAGCACAGUCUGUGUAAAUCUGUUGAAACAGAAGAGUGAGAAUCUAACAGGAUUGUCUUUUAGCAGUAGUAUAUGCUGACAGACACUUAAUGAUGGUUCUCUGCUUUCCAUCAGAAAAAUAGGGGGUGAUAUUAGUAUUAUGAGAGUCUGACAGCAUGGAGAAGCAGGCAGGUUUGCCUAUGCAAAUUUGAAAAAACAGUUAUGCAUUUUCAUGCAAUGGCCAUUGUAGCACAGUCCAGAUGUAUUGCAAAUCUGCUGUUUUUAUGGCUGGAUUUUUUAUUUUUUCCCAACAGAAAUAUCAAACUAUGUGGUGGCUUUUCUUACUUAGAUGAGUCUAAUGAAGACAAAAGCUGAGGAGGAUUGCUUUUAUUGCAGUUGUGGCCAAUUCUGACAGUAAGGCUCAAAUCUCCAAAGUGAAAACCUAUAAGAAAGUCUGUUUGAAGGGGAUGGUAUUUUAUUUCUUUGAGAGAUGUAGAAUCCAAUACACACAAACUACUUAAUACUGGGCCAAGAAGCACGUACACACAUCAGCAUUGAGAGGAUUGAAGUGGCAUUCUAAGGUCAUUUAAAAUCAUGACAAGCUCAGUUGGACAGAAAAAAGUGUCUUCAAGACAAAGGAAGUGUGGUUUUUGUAGAUCUAAUAAAGAUAAUGAAUGUGGACAAUUACUGAUGUCAGAAAACCAGAAGGUGGCAGCACAUCACAAAUGUAUGCUGUUCUCAUCUGCACUGGUAUCUUCACACACUGAUAAUGAGAGUCUUGGUGGAUUCUCUAUUGAAGAUAUUCAGAAAGAAAUAAAGAGAGGCACUAAACUGAUGUGCUCUUUAUGCCAUUGUCCUGGAGCAACCAUUGGCUGUGAUGUGAAAACAUGUCACAAGACAUAUCACUACUACUGUGCUUUGCAUGAUAAAGCUCAGAUAAGAGAGAAACCCUCACAAGGCAUUUACAUGAUUUUAUGUCGAAAACACAAGAAAACUACGCAUAACUCUGAAGCAGAUUUAGAAGAAAGUAUCAAUGAACACGAAUUGGAGCCUUCACCUCCCAAAGGAAAAAGGAGGGGUCGUAAGGGAAAGCCAAGAAAAACAAAUUUAAAAGGGCAAUCAGAAGACACUAGAUCUACGUCCUCACAUGGCACAGAUGAAAUAGAAAGCAGUUCCUAUAGAGACAGGUCUCCCCACAGAAGCAGCCCCAGUGAUACAAAACCUAAAUGUGGAUUCUGUCAUGCAGGUGAAGAAGAAAAUGAAGCUAGAGGAAAGCUUCAUAUAUUUAAUGCCAAAAAGGCUGCAGCACACUAUAAGUGCAUGUUGUUCUCUUCUGGCACUGUCCAGCUAACAACAACUUCAAGGGCAGAGUUUGGUGAUUUUGAUAUCAAAACUGUACUUCAAGAAAUCAAGAGAGGAAAAAGAAUGAAAUGCACACUUUGCAGCCAGCCUGGUGCUACUAUUGGGUGUGAAAUUAAAGCCUGCAUAAAAACAUACCAUUACCACUGUGGAGUAGAAGACAAAGCUAAAUACAUUGAGAAUAUGUCACGAGGAAUUUAUAAACUCUAUUGUAAAAACCAUAGUGGAAAUGAUGAAAGAGAUGAAGAGGAUGAAGAAAGAGAAAGCAAAAGCCGUGGCAAAUCAGUCACUGACCAUAAUGACAUUCCUCAGCAGCAGCUCAAUGGAAACUAGGUUCAAGGGACAGAGUUAUAGAACUGGGAAUGGCUAAGACAUCAUAACUACUAAUUCUUUUAAAUUGUUUUCUAAAAUCAGAAAAGGGUUAGUAACUUUUUACUACCCAACUCUGUUAGAAAUUUCAUUGAACUGCCUGAAACGUUCAUGUGUGUGAGCCUUCAGUAAGUGGCAGAGUUUUACAUGUCAAUAUUAUGUAGUUUGUAGUCUGCAGUGUCUGGAAAAAAUGAAACACUAUAUAAAUGAUAUGUAAUAUGUACAGUGUCAAAAGUUAAGGCAGACAUUGAAAUGAAGUAAGAUCUAUAUUUCUGGACUGAAUAAAAACCUUAAGAUUUGGAACGUGUAACUUGUUUAGUGGAUUCAUGCAAUGAGGGAAGGUCUUAGCUAGUUUAAUUAACAACAAGUUGGUGGUGGCGACAAGCUGGUACUUUGUGAAUUUUGCAUUCUCUUCAUACACAAGUAAUGGAGGCUAUACAUGGGAAAGCUGCUCUCUGUUUUUGCUUGCAAAGCACACAGUAGAAAAGGACUCAGUGUACACCGAAGCACGCUUGAACAUUUCAGGUUGUUCCUGUUGUGAUUGCUCAUUCCGCCCAGCAUUGUUUGCGGGAGAUUUACUUGAGCAGCUGUUGGUUCUGAGCUGUGAGCUUUAGAACUCAUGCCAAAGGGCUGUAGUUCAUUCUUUCCCCAACGACCCACCUCUUCUGUGUCCCUGAUUUACAAAGAACACUUCACUAAGUGUGAUUAAAACCUUACUAUACAAAUGUUUGGACUCUGCAGCCCAAUCUCUUUUACUUCAGAGAGUUACAACUCCUAACUCACUAUGGAAUUUAGCCACCAUAUCUGACGUCCAUACCUCAAGUGUUCUGUGCUGUGUGGAACACUUCAUGUUUUGUCCAGAAUAUGCAUAAAGGUCCCAUUCUGUAAAAAGAAUGAGGAAACAACCUUUUUUGCUAGAUUGGUAUUUAUUUUUUAAUCUUAUGACCACUAUAUGAGAAACUUUGCUUAUCAUCCUUAUUGUUUUAGUGAUUAUUUUUUCUCUUUCUGUUCAAGUCAACAAUCACGCCAUGGAAUCCUACUUGCUAGACUUUGAUGUUCCUUUAGGGAAUAAUCAGAUCUAGGCUAUACCAAACCUAACAGAUCAGUCCUCUGACUGUUUUCAGAACACCUUGUCAUUUUAAUGACUACUAGCUUCUUCAAUUGGUCUGUUAAAGCACAGUCUCAGACUUAAAUAAAACCAAAAAGCUGAAUCUAGUCCACAUGUUUGUCUGUUGCUGUCGCAUCACCUUAUUGUUCGUUUAGGGUUUUGACUUGUUUCACUCUGAACUCCCAACAAAACUUCUGGAUCUGAAGGAAGGAAACAAGCAAAAGACACUGAUUUGACUAUAAACUGCUACAGUUCUUCUGUGAUUGGUAUUGCAAAAACAGUUCAUUUGUAACAUGAAUUUCUGUAGCAUUUUUUACUUGUAUUUUUAAAAGAUUUAAUGUGUGUCAUUUGUCUUCUUAUGCAUUCCCUUAAUGUCUUGAGGGACUCAAUUACUGUAUAUUGGAGUUUCUAACAUUUUACCUGUUAGAAUUCAAUCAAUUCUGUUUGCUUUUCUGGAGAAUAAUGUCAUUUUGGAAAGAAAUAUUGCUGUGUACAGAAAAUACUCAGUUACUGCUCUAAACAUGAUGCCAUUGAUCAUUUUUAUUUUGUAUUUGUAACUUUCAAAAUUAAAAGCGUGACUUGAAUUGCAAUGACAGAUCGAUUAUUGAAAUUGUCUAUCAAGGUGUUUUGUUUCUCCUAGAAUAUGAACAUUUUUCAGCCACUCAGAACAGUUUUAGAAUGCAAAAUGACAUCCUUCAGUGUUUAAAUUACUUCUAGAUUUGUGCCUGAGACAUGGCCCUUCCAUGGAAAAAAGGCACUUUGUUUGCAGCUACUGUAUUUUAACUAAGGUUGCAUGGGGUAGAUCUGCCAGCAUACUGAUUGUAUUUGAGACUGAGCUCUUAUUCAUAGUGUGUCAGUUGCUUAGUAUAAUAUUCAAUCCAAUAAUUCAUCUGUAAAAAUAAAUUACCCCAUUCCAUGCCUUGAAGAACCAGAACAGCACUUUACCUUUGGGUAGCAGAAAAGUGGCUGGUUUACCUGUUACCUCUUUGUGCUGAGUUGGCCUGACUAAACUGUCAUUAAUUCCAAAUUCAUGGAAACAAAGUCAAAAGCAAAAAUCUUUUCUUACAAGCCUCAGAUUUGUCAUAACUGACUUCAACUCAUGUAUGCUGGGUAAAAGUGCCUUACAAUGUAAAAAUUGUAUUUAUAUGUUCCCAAGUAGCAUCACCUGCUGGGGAGUAAUUCUGUCGUGGUGUUAAUAUUUAGAAGAAAUGUACCUCAGCAGUGUAUUUACUGUACAUCUCUUACGUCCUUAAUUGUAGUUUUAAAAAGCAUGACAAUGUAUGAUAGUAUACAACAUUUACGUCAUUUUUUAAAGACAAAAUACUGCCAUUAUUGUCUUUUUAUGUGUAUUUUAGCUUGGAAUUUCAGACAGUCUGUCUGAGAGUUUUUUUGGGUUUUUUUUUUUUGGUAAAGCAAUGUAAUCUUUGCAAGCAUAUAUUGAAGAUUAUUCUGGAGCAUCUACUGCCUUCCCAGAAAUGUUAGAAGUAAUGAAAGUGCUCAAUAGGUGAAAUAGGUAUGUUUAAAUUAGAUAGUUAAAUUAAUGCAGUCUAUUUGUUACUGAGGGUUUUUUUUUUAAUAGGCACCUUCGGCUUUCAUCUCACAAUUGGAGAACUCAUGAAUUUAACAAAACUUGUCUUAUGAAACUGGUUUUGCUUUAUUUAAAUUUUCUUUUUGGCCUUUGGGCAUUUCUUUUGCUCACAAGAGUUAGUGUGUGCUGUUUAAGAUGCCUGGAACCCUCUGAGAAGGGAAAUUUCUCCCCAGCUCGCUGUAUCUCUAUUUUAUAGAGGUCUCCCCAACUCACUGUAUCUCUGUAUUAACAGAUCUGUGAUUGUGCUAUACCAUGAAAGGACUGUACCAAGGAAGGACAGGCAUCAGGAGGGUAUUGUUCAAACAACUCGAGGAUACAGCUGGUGUAAUGCCAUUCUCAAGGUGCGAUCAAAGACUAUGGCAGCGAGCUGUGCGAUCGCUGCAUUUCAGGGAAGGGUGAAAGGCUGGUUCGGCGUUGGCAUCAGUGCAGCUAGCUAGGCUGAGGUAGAUGAGGUGAUCAAAAGAUCUGCUCAUUCAGCAGGUGUUGAUCCACAGGAGGUUCUGUGAUAAGGCUCUAGUAGGAGUUACACCUACACUCCACAAAGUCUGAUCUUUAGGUACAAAGAGCUGUGCUGAUCUAGAAUGGUAUGAUUAUACCCAAUCUGGCCCUAAAAUGUAAUAUAAAGGAAGAGAGCUUGCUUUGUGCUGCUGCCUAUAUGAGAAAUAACUUCAUGCUAAACCAGAGUGAAAGAUGAAGAGGUGAUGAUCUACUUGAAAUAUCAGACUUAUCUGGCAGGUGAUAAUCAGUGCAUUCCAAAAAUACUAAUAUGCUAAAUCAGAUUGACAAGAAAAUUAAUCCUCAUUAGAUGAAAUUGAUCUUAAGAGAACUGAAAGUACAUUAUAGCGAAUAGUAACUCUUCUUCCAUGUUGCCAGAAACAGAUACCACCGUAUUAGUGAAGGAGGUUAAAAAACAGAACACAGCUCUUGAUUUAUAUACUUGUUGAAGCAGUUUCUAUAUACGCAUAUAUAUGCACACUCAUUAGUCAGCAGUGACAUCUCAACUCUUAAAGAAUCCUGGAGAACUGUUGCUUGUCAAAAAGCACUCAGGUUAGGCUAACAUUUGCAGCUUUUGCUCUAGCAUACAUUUACAUUAGGUGUAAAGACAAGGAAUGUAUGAAAGAGGGUAAAUGCAUUCCUAUCUACAAUGUUAUGUAUAUUUUGUUCCUGUUAUAUUGGCUUUACUUCCAAAGUUGUAGUUUGCAGUAUUAGUUUCUUUUUAUUGGUAUCCUUGCAUAUAUAUAUUCAAUAAAUGAGUUAUGAAUUUCA